CACACACACUACACACAGACACACACAGUCCCCAGACCCAGACCUCCUCUGUGUGAGAGUCAGUCCCCAGACCUCCUCUGUGUGAGAGUCAGUUCCACUGUGAAUCACUAUGAUGAGGACACUACUGCUGCUGUGUGUGACUCUCUGCUGUCUGAGUGUCACUGUGGCCGGUGACAGCUCUACCUCUCUCCCGGAGGAGAACGGGGUUCUGCUGUUGAAGAAGGACAACUUUAACCGAGCUCUCAAACAAAACAAACAGCUGCUGGUGCACUUUUUCGCUCCUCUCUCUGGGGAUUCCCAGCGGCUGGCGUUGGCGUUCCGUGGAGCCGCGGAGCAGCUGAUUGGCUCGGAGGUGAAACUGGGCGUAGUCGACAUCUCCAAGGAAACCAAUCUGACCAAGGAACUGAACGCCACGACUCCACCCCCUCUACGGCUCUACCUAUCAGGAGACAGACACAACCCUGUACCCUGCCCAGUUUUCCAGAGUUCGGCCUCCAUCGUAACGUGGCUAAAGAGGAGGGCGGGGCCUAGCGCCGACAUCAUCACUGACCUGAACCAAUCAGAUCGCUUCGUCGCCUCAGAGGAGCUGGUUGUUCUCGGACUGUUUAAGGACGUGGAGCGGGGUCGUGUGGAGGUUUUCUACGCCGCCGCCGUUGACCUCCCUGACCUCCCUUUCUCUGUGACCCGGAACCAAGACAUCUUCAGGAAGUAUGACAUCACACAAGACUCCGUGCUGCUAGUCCGACAGUCUACCCCUGUACAGGUAUUGAAGGUAACCAGUCAGAUGACUAAAGAGGAUCUCAUCUCCUUCAUCACCGUUCAUCAACUGGAGCUGGUUACUGAAUACAACGGACAGACAGCCAGCCGUAUCCUCUCCUCUCCAGUGUUAAAUCACGCCAUUCUGUUUGUCAAUAAGACUGAUGAACGGUUUCAGACGGUCUACUCUGACUUCCAGGCUGCUGCUGCCUCCUACAGGGGAAAGGUAUUAUUUGUGAUGGUAGACGUGGACGAGCCGAGGAAUGGUAGAAUGUUGGAGUAUUUCCGUGUCCGGGAGAGUGAGGCUCCGAUGGUGCGAUUGGUUAAUCUGACGAGUCACGUGACCUAUCACCUGCCGUCCGACACACUGGACACGCCCACCAUUAUAGCGUUCUGUAAGACCUACCUGGAUGGCAACGCACAGCCUAAGAUGCAGAGUGAGGCUCUGCCUGCUGACUGGGACCAGAAGCCAGUUAUACAGCUGGUAGGAGAGAACCUGGAGAGACUGGCCUUCAACCCUGACAAGACAGCCUUCAUAAUGUUCUACCUGCCCUACAGUGAAGAGAGUCGUUCUCUGUUCCCACUGUGGGAGGAGUUAGCCCUUCACUUCCUGGACAGAGAGGAAGUUGUCAUCGCUCGCAUCGACGCCUCGGCCAAUGACUUCAACCUGUCGAUGAGAGAACGCUACCCCGCCCUCCGCCUGUUCCCCGCGCUGCACGCAGAGAGGGUGGUAGCCUACUCUGGUCAGAGGAACCUGAAGGAUCUGGUUCAGUUUCUGGAGAAAGAGAUGGAAAGAGCCAAGAAGGACAGGGCCCAAGAGGAGGAGGAUCGGAGGAAGUACAUUGAGACUCAGAAAGCUAUUGAGGCCAAAGAAGCAAAAGAAGCCAAAGAGGAAAAACAAGAGCUGUAGUGUGUUUACCUGUAGAAUAAAACCUGUAGUUAUAGUAUCUGUAACCUAGCAGUAUAAAACCUGUAGUUAUAGUAGCUGUAACCUAGCAGUAUAAAACCUGUAGUUAUAGUAGCUGUAACCUAGCAGUAUAAAACCUGUAGUUAUAGUAGCUGUAACCUAGCAGUAUAAAACCUGUAGUUAUAGUGGCUGUAACCUAGCAGUAUAAAACCUGUAGUUAUAGUAGCUGUAACCUAGCAGUAUAAAACCUGUAGUUAUAGUAGCUGUAACCUAGCAGUAUAAAACCUGUAGUUAUAGUAGCUGUAACCUAGCAGUAUAAAACCUGUAGUUAUAGUAGCUGUAACCUAGCAGUAUAAAACCUGUAGUUAUAGUAGCUGUAACCUAGCAGUAUAAAACCUGUAGUUAUAGUGGCUGUAACCUAGCAGUAUAAAACCUGUAGUUAUAGUAGUAUAGUAGCUGUAACCUAGCAGUAUAAAACCUGUAGUUAUAGUAGCUGUAACCUAGCAGUAUAAAACCUGUAGUUAUAGUAGCUGUAACCUAGCAGUAUAAAACCUGUAGUUAUAGUAGCUGUAACCUAGUAGUAUAAAACCUGUAGUUAUAGUAGCUGUAACCUAGCAGUAUAAAACCUGUAGUUAUAGUAGUAUAGUAGCUGUAACCUAGCAGUAUAAAACCUGUAGUUAUAGUAGCUGUAACCUAGCAGUAUAAAACCUGUAGUUAUAGUAGCUGUAACCUAGCAGUAUAAAACCUGUAGUUAUAGUAGCUGUAA